CUUACCUGAACCAGGAAGUGAAUGGACCGUACCGCACCUGUUGAUUGUGCUAAAACAUUUGAGGCUAAUAACAAAAGAAUCCGUGAAAACUACAUUCAUUUGCAAGAAAGCGAUCGUGUGUACGUCGAUUGAGGCUUUGUUGUUUUGGUGCUAUCCCCGACAGGUUUGUCUCGUCUAAAUGUGAGCAGAAGCCGUCAUCCCAUUCAGCAUGUCGCCGCCUCACAACCACAACCGGUCGCACCUGCUCAUCGCACUCCUGCUGCUGGGUGGCUGGACGGCAGGUGGCACUCACGACGUGUCAGAGGCCUCCAUCCUCCAGGCCGGCGUCCCCCCCAGUCAAAACGCUGUGGCGAGGGAGGGCUCCAGCAUGCUCAUCGAGUGCAACGUGACCGGAAGCCUCGAUGGCAUCAAGUGGUACAACUCCAAAGGACCUCUGCUGGGUGAGAAGUGGCGGAUCGACGAGAACGGCGCCCUGAACAUCACGGUGGUCUCCUUUGCAGACCGCGGCCGCUACACGUGCGUCACCUCCAACGGCACCAGAAACUACACCUUCACUCUGCGCGUCGCCUACACAGACAGCGGCCUCGGGGUGUACUUUGUAAUCGUGUGCCUGGUGGCCUUCACCAUCACCAUGAUCCUCAACGUCACACGGCUGUGCAUGGUCAGCAGCCACCUCAAGGAGACGGAGCGGGCCAUCAAUGAGUUCUUCCGCACGGAGGGCGCGGAGAAGCUGCAGAAGGCGUUCGAGGUGGCCAAGCGCAUCCCCAUCGUCACGUCAGCCAAGACGCUGGAGUUUGCCAAAAUCACGCAGUUCAAGACCAUGGAGUUCGCCCGUCACAUGGAGGAUCUGGCGCGCAGCGUCCCCCUGCCGCCGCUCAUCCUAAACUGCCGGACGUUGGCGGACAAGGCCGCGGAGAACCCUGCGUCCGACCCCGCGCAGCCGGUCAGGGUGGCGGUGCCAAGGAACAGGCAGGCUAUAGGGCCGGCCAGCGCGAAAGGAGAAGAGGAGCAAGUGUGUGAGGCCCUGCUUUCAAGUGAAAGGCGAGGGAAUGAAGAGCGCCUUGACGUCAAAGUGUCGGUCCACACUGUUUCUGAGGAGGACUUCAGCGAGGAUAAGGAGGCCAGGGGAUACCUGAGUGUGAUCCCACCAGGCUCACGAACAAGUGUGUCCUAUGAGAGCAACGUAUAAACUGUCCCAGAGUGUAUCCAAUGGGAAACACAGAGUAAAAGGUGCGUUACUGUAAGUCAGAGACGAAGAAAUCAUCGUGGUGUUGGGUAUCAUUUAAAAUUCAGACUUUCUGAUUCUGCUCGUCUCAUUUCAUCAUGUCCUUAUUCUAUCCUCUGACAAUCCUAAAUCUCAAAAACAGCUUUAAUUCAAUUCUGAAGAAUUAUGGGCUGCAGUCACAAUUGCUAAACCAGUGACCAUGGAGGAAGUGAAAUGUGUUCAAUUUUGCUUUCAGAAAAAAAAAAAGGUUUCUGAACAAAUCCUCAGAAUUUCAUUAGACAGAUUUUGGUUAGAGGUUAAAUUCGAAACAUUUUAAAUAAGGACUGAUGACAGUUUGUUACAUUAAAUAAGACCAAACUGAACUGAAUGUCACUUUUAAAAUAUGUAAUUUAAUCAAGAGGAAGUAUCAAUCCUCAUUAUUCACUUGUUCACGUGUGAUUUGCUGCUUCUCACUUUCGUACGCUUUGACAGUCGGAGCCAAAUGAUGCUACAAAAUCCUUGUUGUCAUCGUGUCAAUUGUUUCGCGUCAGCGCUUCCUCCUCAGUCUCUUCAAAGUCGCAGACAAAAGAAGGAGGCGUCGAAGCGCUAAGACUUGAUAGUUGUCUCACAUGUCUGUUUUAUUCUGGUCUUCGUCAGAUGCAAGGGCGGUUCAUUAAUCCGACGCUCUGUUUUGAAGUGAAAAAAAAAAGGCAGUAAAAAAUGGCAGAUUCAUAUUUAUAGGUGUUUACGUUUCAAAGUGAAAAUGUGAAAAUCCUUUUCAUGCACACAAUGCAAAAAGUUUUUAUUUGUAGGCAGAAAGGAAACUGCAGAAAAGAAAAUGUUUUAUUCACAAUAAAAAUGAAAACCUUGCAAA